AUGGACGUCGAAGAAUCGCCUUGGGCCGACUCAUCACAGGCCGCAUCGCAACAGGCAUCGCAGCCUGAAGCCGCGGCCUCGCAAUCAUCCAACCCAGCUCCCUCCGCUUCCUCGUCGGCCCCUCGUCCAUCAAGAGGACCCCGUCGGCUGGUCGCUCAACCCACACGUCUCGAAGCUGUCGAUGAUCCUCUCGGUCCUCUCGGCGCCGCCACCGAAGACAAUGGCUCUGCCCAGGAUGCCCCUCCGGUGCCUCCGCAAAAGGAGCAGAUGGUGAUUCGUACCACCAUGCCGCAGCCCCAGCAGCAGCGACGACCUGCGGAUCCUCACCAUAUCGACGAUGACGAGAACGAUGGGCCAAAGGCUCCUCGCGCACCUCCUCCCGUUGAGGCUGCCCAGCCCAGUGCCGUCAGGAGCAGCAAUCAGCCGAGCGUUAGUGUUGAGCAGGCUGCCAAGCCCACGUUCCAGAUUACGGUUGGAGAUCCUCACAAAGUUGGCGAUCUGACAAGUUCCCACAUUGUCUAUUCCGUUCGAACCAAGACCACUUCCAAGGGAUAUAAACAGCCCGAGUUUGAAGUCAAGCGCCGAUAUCGCGAUUUUCUCUGGCUUUACACGACUCUCCAUGGCAACAACCCUGGAAUUGUGGUCCCACCUCCUCCUGAGAAGCAGGCUGUCGGUCGCUUCGACAGCAAUUUUGUUGAGAGCCGACGAGCUGCUCUUGAGAAGAUGCUUAACAAGACCGCGAUACACCCCACACUCCAGCACGAUCCCGAUCUGAAGCUUUUCUUGGAAAGCGAAACUUUCAAUGUGGACGUUAAGCAUAAAGAGAGGCGGGAACCCAUUCCUACCGAGAGCAAGGGUGUGCUUGGGUCUCUGGGUAUCAAUGUUGGAGGCGGAAAUAAGUUUGUAGAACAGGACGACUGGUUUCAUGAUCGCAAGGUCUAUCUCGAUGCUCUUGAGAAUCAGCUCAAGGGACUUCUCAAAGCUAUGGAGACCAUGGUUGGCCAACGUAAGAUGAUGGCCGAGGCAGCUGGUGACUUCUCAGCUUCCCUCCACGCACUCUCCACCGUCGAAUUGUCACCCUCACUAUCAGGCCCUCUCGAUGCUCUUUCCGAGCUCCAGCUUACUAUCCGAGAUGUGUAUGACCGUCAGGCCCAGCAGGAUGUUCUGACAUUCGGCAUUAUUCUUGAGGAGUAUAUUCGCCUCAUCGGUUCAGUCAAGCAGGCAUUUGGCCAGCGACAGAAGGCGUUCUAUUCAUGGCAUGCUGCGGAAUCAGAACUACAGAAGAAGAAGGCCACGCAGGACAAGCUCUUGAGACAAGGAAAGAGUCAACAAGACCGACUUAACCAGAUGAGCGCUGAAGUUGGCGAGUCAGAGCGCAAGGUUCACCAGGCCAGGCUUCUUUUCGAGGAUAUGGGCCGGUUGAUGAGGAGCGAGCUUGAUCGAUUUGAGAAGGAGAAGGUGGAAGACUUCAAGAGUGGUGUUGAGACAUUCCUUGAAAGUGCAGUUGAGGCGCAAAAGGAGCUUAUUGAGAAGUGGGAGACAUUCUUGAUGCAGCUUGACGCUGAAGACGACGAGUCAGUGUUUUAUAGACCACCAGUAUACCAGCAGCAACAGCAGCAAAAGGGAGGCGAUACUGCGGUUGAUCGCGCUCGGGCGAGGAUAGACGAAGACUCGGACUAG